AUGUCGGAACAGUACCUAAAGGCAGGUCCUUCGCAUCUGUCGCCGAGACAGGCCCAGCCAGGCAGAUCCGCUGCAUCUUCGAGCGGCCCGAGCGCCUCCGCCUCUCAACCUCGACAAAGUCCUAAAUCUGCAGCGCUGUCAGCCAUCGCCACUCUGCCAGCCGCAGGCAAGAGCCCUCACAUCCAUCUACUCUCCUCAUCGCAGUUCAGUCCUCGGGCACCCUCGACGCUGGAGACCAGGCCCAAUCGAACCACCUCCUCAGUCAAUGGCUCGGCCGAUACCUCGGCAGAUGACAAGGCACCUCUCCAAUCACUCAUUGCCGCAGGGACGCCUCGGCUAAGUCAAGUUGCCUUCUCCAAUCAACGUCCGAGUGGUCCCAUUCCGCUCGACCUGCCUUCGCAAGCGCGCAUACGCACGACCGAGCCGUCGGCGCCUGAACAGCGCCUAGCGCAUUCGGAGCCCCGCCUCAGCACACUUGCGACGCACCAAGCUCCCCAACCCCACCAUACAGUCUCGAAGAGCCAGUCGCACGUCCUUUCCGCUGUGACACCUCGACCCGCACCCGCGGCUUCCGGCGCCAUGCCACCUUCUCAAUCCUCUCGAGAAUCGGCAAAUCCCAACACUGCCGCCCGCUCUGUCCCUUCUCAACCGUCGUCCUCUUCAUCCGCCCAUACUUCGGCAUCCGCCAACAGAUCCGAAACUCAGUCACGCGCUGGUCCUGGAACUUUGUUUCGUACGCUUCAUCCCGGCCCAUCGGCGCAGCCUUCGACCUCUCAAGCCCAUGCCCACGUUUCGCCAGCCUCGCAGUCAGCUUCUUUACAGCUGGAGACCAGCCCAGGCGGCUUGGCAGUCCUCGCACCAUCCGCUUCGUCAUCGCAAGCCACCGCUGCAGCAAACCCUGCACGUGCAUCCCAACCAAUCCGUGUGCCCGUACCAACGCCGCAACAAGCCUCUGCGACACCUCCCUCUGUCCCUCGCCCAUCGACACAGAGCACAUCGCCAAUCAAGCCGCCCACAGCGCCAACAACGCCCGCAGACGCUCUCGCCGUCGCUUCUCCGUCGACUUCGUCAGAUCGGCGCCCGUCGCAACCAAUCGUCGAGACUCCAGUGCGUGCCAAUGGCACAUCCAUUCCCAACGCAGACGCGACGCCGUCCGAGACGGCUCGGACAGCCAACACCAGCACGCUUCAUCCAGCACCAGAUCCGGCUUCGCUGCAGCAUCUCCGCGGAAGCUUCCUCACCUCCUCGACACCGCUCGAUUACGACUCGUUGUUGAAAGAGAGCGACAAGGUCACGCCCAUCCCCGUCGUCAGUUGUACCAGCUUCUCUGACGAGGAGCUGCGGGAGCUCAUCAUAGAGCAGCUCGAGAUUCAAUGCUUGCCUCUGGUCAUCUCCGAUCUGCAUCGACUCCCUGGCUGGCCCUCCGAUCUGUUCUCCCCGGCCGCCUAUCAACAAGCCAUGACCAAGCACAAGCUCGGCGACAGGUUCAUCCACGUGCGCAACCUCACCGACUCGAGCGACCGGCAACUCACCGUCGCCGAGUUCAUGCAGCAUUGCGACGACAAUCGCCAGUACAAGCCGAACGAGCAGCACAAGCUCUACGGCAAGGACUUGAGGUGCCCGUCCGAGUGGAAGGAGGCCAUCGACCAGCUUGUCCAUUCUCGCCUUCAGUACCACGGCGAGCAAGAUGCAACCGCUGCGGUCACUCCCAACGCCCGCCCAGACACGCAGAUGUGCUACUUUGGCCCGGGACAGACCUGCACGCCGUGGCAUCGAGACUUAUGCUCCAGCCUCGGUCAGAACCUCAUGGUGUGGAGCGAUGAAGGAGCCUCGGCCAUCUGGUUGAUCGCGCAUCCCGAUCGCGCCGAAGAUGUGGAUCGAUACAUCGCUUCCCGCGGCGCCGAUCCACAGUCUGAGGGGUUUGCGCCUCAUCCCCGCGAGCUCGCCGCUGACGCCGACUUUCGAAUCUUUUGCUGCGAGCAGAAGCUCGGCGACCUCGUGCUCAUUCCGUCACGAUCAACUCACAUGGUCGCCAACGUCGGUGGCCGGGCCAUGAAGGUGGCUUGGUCCAGGAUGACCGUCGAGUCGCUGCGCAGCGCCAUGCUCUACGAUCUUCCCGGAUACCAGCGCUUCUGUCGAAAGGAGAGCUACCACAUCAAGAGGCUGAUCGAAGCGAUGCUCAUCAAGCUCACCAAGCAGGUCGAGUCCGAUCUGCUUCGCUCCGACCUGGCAGUGACGCCGCUACAGACGGUCCGUGAGCUCCGCAAGCUUCUCGAGCUCUACGACGCGAUCCUCUCGGACGAGUACGUCCCCGAAUGGCGCGACAUCGAGGUCUGGGGUGGACACGAAGACUAUGUCGAGUGCGACUUCUGCGGCGCCAGCGUCCUGGGCGGCUACUUUGAAUGCGCGCUCGAGGAGACGCUCUGUGCCAUGUGCUACUGUCAAGGUCGGCUCUGCGGCUGCGCCAACGCGGCCGAAGAGAUGAAGCCGCGCCAGCACUGGCGCACCUUUGGCGAGCGUUUCGAAAUCCGCAACGCCGCGGCGCGAGCUCUCAUCACGAUCAUGCCCAGACGACCGUCAUCGUCGUCGUCAUCGGAAUCCCCCACGAUCAAGGAACAAGUCGAGGAAGCCGAGGAAGCCGAAUGGCAGCCUGUCAACGUUCUGCAAGAAAAGGAUGUUGGGAAGCAAGCCUGGCCACACAGCUUCAUGGCUGCCCACAAGCUCUACACCAUCCGUCAGACCCCGGGUUGGCGGCAGAAUGUGGCGCCCUGCAGGAUGUGCAAGGCAGUCCUCGACAUCACGCAGCGGUACUACUGCAAACCGUGCCGAUACUCGUACUGCUUCGGCUGUCUGCUUCACAAGGUCUACAUCCACCCGGUGCACGCGCUGGCCCAAAAAAACUCGGAGAUGUUUCACAAGUACCAUGCUAAGUCGAGCAAGCUCGACUACAAGGAAUGGCGGCUGGAUCCGUUAAGCUACCGCGACGAGGCGCGCUCGCACUUUGCCCUCAUUGAAGCCGCCAAGACCAAGAGCAAGUGUGUUCCCCUCAACCCUAGUUGUCGCAUUGGAUUCCUCGACAGCACGGAGGAAUAUCCGCGCGGACUAUCGGGCACGCUUGGGGUGCGUAGAGGCAGAAAACCCGCGUUCGAGACGUCCACCCCCAAGAUGUAUGAAUUGGCGUCUUCCGCGUCAGCAUCUUCGCUCAAGCGACAGAACGACGCGAUACAGCUGCCGUCAACCGCAUCUCCCGGCAGCCCGUCAAGGAAGCGCGCCAAGCCAAAUCCACCACCGGAAUCCCAACCCAUCGCACAGCCAUCUGCGCAGACCCACAGAGCUGCUCAAGCUACCGACUCUCCGAUGACCGAAUCUUCUCCAACUGGUCCUUCGCUCGCCGAGGUUCAGGACCUCCCGGCCUCGGUCGUCGUCCAAGAUAAACCCGCUGUGCUUGGCGAGAAGGACCUGCCUCCCACCUCGGCUCUGACGAUCUCAAAUGGGGUUCGCAAGUUUGUGCUGCGGGUCGGAGGUGCUGUGUCCGUGCGGCCAUCAAAUUCGGAACCGCCUUCGACGCCCGUUGCUCCUCCGAGCUCAGGAACGCCAUCAAUUUCUAGGCCUCCGAGUCAGGCGUCUACGUCUGCUGCAACCAACGGCCUCGUCAAACCGGUUAAGAGUGCACUGGUCGCAAUUGCGGCCGCCCCAGCUGCGACGGUCGCAGUCUCGGCUUCCACUUCGGCUCCAGCCUCGGGAGGGUCAUCGAUCUCUAGACCGCCCAGUCAGGUGUCUACGAGCAUCCCAAGCAAGGCUACCGCUCACCCGACAAAGGCUGCAGUCGUCGCACCCGUCGUCGCGCCAACUGCGUCGGUCGCAAUUCCGACUGUCAUUUCCCCUUCGAUUUCGGGACCUGCAUCGAUCUCGAGACCGCCGACCCAAUCGUCUGCGUCCACCUCAACCAACGGUACCGCUCAGCCGACGAAGACCGCAGCAGUCGCACCUGCCGUCGCGUCAACGGCACCCGUUGUGUCUACCCCUGCCGCGGUCUCGACGUCGUCGCUGGCCGUGCCCCUGGAUGCGUCUACCUCAGCCACGGCAGCGGUUCUGGCGGCGACUAGCCAGCAGGCCAAUGUGAUGACCCCGGCUGUGGCUGUCGAUCUUGCUGCUAGCUCCGCCCCUGCGGCGGCAGCGUCCUCUUCGAGCGUCGCGGCAACGGGGCUUGCGUCGCUCAACCCGGGUGAUUUGCGCGUCAUCACCGAGAUCCUGCGCAUCUUCAGCCAAACCAACCAAAGAGCCAUGCAAGAUGCGAUCGCACGGGUAGAGGCUAAGUUGGAUGCGCAAGCCGCGCAGGUGGACGAGAACCGCAAGGCGAUGGCGCGGCUAGAAGCUCUGCUGGUGGCCCAGGAGGAGCGGCAGGAGGAGCGGUAUCGGGUGGCUCUUGCCGAGACCGAGGCCAGGGUACUCGUCACAGUGACGGCGCAGCAGGAGGCGGCUGGCAAGGCGCUUAGGGAGCAGCUCGCUGCACAGAGCCAGGAUCUGCGCCAGGAUCUGCGUCAGAGUCGGGAGCGCAUUGACUCACUGCACGACGCCUUGAACGUGUUGAUGGCCGACAUUGACCGCGGCGCACGUGCCCAACUGGAGCAAGAGAUUGCCGCCGAGUCCUCGGCCGCGACCGCCGGGGUGCAUGCCUCGCACCCCACCUUUACACUGACGAGUAUGGCCCGCACACAAGGGGACUGA